CUGACGCAAUGUAGCCCAGGCCCGCUUUUAAGGAGCCAGGCCUGAGCAGAGGCCCUCAGAGAGCUGAGGCCCAGCCGUGAGACGUGCAUCCUCAGUCCACUGAGCAGGAGUGGCCCAGCAGCAGCAGCGCAAGGACCCACUGAAGAGGGACCUCGCCCUCCAUUUUGACUAUUCCCCCCAAGAGACAUGGCCCCAGCCAGAGCAAGAUUCUGCCCCCUGGUGCUGCUCCUGCUGCUGGGCCUGUGGGUGGCUCAGGUCCCAGUCAGCGCCAAGCCCAAACACAUGACCUCAGCUCAGUGGUUUGAAAUUCAGCACGUGCAGCCCAGCCCCCAGGCAUGCAAAGGGGCGAUGAGCAACAUCAACAAACACACAAAUCACUGCAAACGCCUCAACACCUUCCUGCAUGAAUCCUUCUCCAGUGUGGCCGCCACCUGCCAGAACCCCACCAUAGCCUGCAAGAACGGCCAGAAAAACUGCCACCAGAGCAAGGGGCCUGUGUCCCUGACCACGUGUGAGCUCACCUCGGGGAAGUACCCAAACUGCAAUUACAAAGAGAACGCACUGCACGCUUCUUACAUCAUAGCCUGUAACCCUCCUCAGAAAGGGGAUGCGGAAAAAGUCCACCUGGUUCCUGUGCACUUGGACAAAGUCGUUUAGCUUUCCAGCCUUUCUCACUCUGGGUUUCCUUUCCUCUCCAGGCCUCUGUGCUGCUGCUCCUAUGCCCAGAAGGUUCUCUUCCUUUCGUUUCUUGGGUCCUCUCCCAGCUCAGGCUUUUCUGAGGGGCAGCUUGGUGGGCUAAACUCCAGAAGAGGCGGUCUUCUAUCUUUUUGUUGCUGUUUUCCCAGAAACGUAUCCCAAGAGAGAAGCUGAGCACGCUGAGGGGAGGGGUUCUCUGGCCUGUGCCUGUGCAUUUCUCUGCCCUGUCUAUCAUGGCAGCAUGACAAGAGGAGGAAAUGGACACAAGAGGCGGGUGGGAUUUAUGGACAGAGCUGUUCUGGUUCCUAAGACAAAUGUCAUAGUAUUUCAUGUUUUUCAUAGAGCAGCCACACGAGUCCCUUGUGACAGACUUGAUGAUUUGCUUUCUUUAGGGAUGAGGAAAUUGAGGUUUCAGAAAGCUUGGUUAAUUAAAGAGCUUGUGAAAUUGGUUAGUAGCAGCACCUGGACUUGAACCUAAGCCUCCUCCUCUCCGUACAGUGCACUUUCUACUUUACCAUUGGGCACAAAAAGGAGACCUCGGCAGCGACAAGAGAACUAGGUAAGAGUUCACCCAUGAAGAAAUGUACCCUGAGAGCUCUGGAGAGCCAAUUGCUCUGUGUUGACCGCAAUAAAGGUCAUUACCUCUCUAGCCAAGAGACUGUUUA